AUGGCGAAAAAUUGCUUCGACCUCAAAACGAUGACGUAUUACUCACCAAGACAACCCAUCCACCUUCCCAUCGAUCCCAAUCUCUCUCUAACUUCCUUCCUCUUCCAAUCCACUUCCUCCAUAGCCGAAACCAUCGCCCUCGCCGACGCCCAAACCGAUGACUCCCUGACCUUCCGCCAACUUAAAGCCCAAGUCACCGCCCUCUCCCGCUCCUUACUCCGCCUAGGCAUCCAAAAAGGCGACGUCGUUUUGCUAUUUGCACCUAACUCCAUACGUUUCCCUGUCUGCUUCCUCGCUAUAGCCGUCAUAGGUGCUAUUGCCACCACCUGUAGUCCUUUAUACACCGUCCCCGAACUCUCCAAGCAAAUCCAAGACUCCAAUCCCAAAAUCAUCGUUACCGUAUCGGCGCUUCUACACAAAAUCGAACCAUUACCUUUCGAUAUACCUUCAAUAUUGCUUGACGAUGCUUCAACCAGAGUACUUUCCUCCAAAAUAUUCAGUUCAUUGGUUUGGGACUUCAAGGAUCUUACCAGAGAGUCGUCAAACAAGAGCCCUGACGAGAUUCAUGCAAACGGUGUCAUUUCGCAAUCCGACGUUGCGGUGAUCCUAUACUCUUCAGGAACCACCGGAAGAAGUAAGGGAGUGAUGCUGACUCACCGAAACUUCACUGCAGCGGCGUUGGCGGGAGUGGCGGAUCAGGAACACUACGGGGAGGGGAAGAAUGUGUUCUUAUGUUUGGCGCCAAUGCAUCAUGUGUUGGGAUUGGGAAUGAUAACGUACACGCAGCUUAGGAGAGGGAAUAUGGUUGUAUCAAUCGAUAGAUUUGAACUGGAGAAGACUCUGGCAGCGAUCCAAAAGUUUAGGGUGACACAUUUGUACGUUGCUCCGCCGGUGAUGAUGGAGCUGAUCAAGCGGCAUCAUGUUGUGAGCAGUUAUGACUUGUCUUCGCUGAAACAACUUGCCGGCGGUGCUGCUCCUUUGGGGAAAGAUGUGAUGCAAGACUGUGCUAAGAUUCUACCCCAGGUUGAAAUCAUUCAGGGUUAUGGCAUGACUGAAGCAUGUGGACUAAUUUCCUAUGAAAAUCCAAACGAAGAAUGGUUCGUUUCUGGUUUAGGAUCAACUGGAACACUAGUUCCAAACGUAGAAUCCCGAAUUGUUAGCUUGGAAACAUUCAAGCCUCUUCCACCUAAUCAAUUAGGUGAAAUUUGGUUUAGAGGACCUAUUAUGAUGAAAGGAUAUUUUAACAAUCCAGAAGCAACAAAACAGACCAUUAAUGAUGAGGGUUGGCUGAUUACCGGAGAUCUUGGAUAUUUUGAUGAAAAAGGGCAGCUAUUUGUUGUGGAUCGAAUAAAAGAGCUUAUCAAAUGUAGCGGAUAUCAAGUUGCGCCCGCCGAGCUUGAAGACUUACUGGUUUCUCACCCUGAAAUUUUUGAUGCUGGGGUGAUCCCAUCCCCUGAUGCCAAAGCUGGUGAAGUUCCGGUGGCUUUCGUAGUUCGCUCACCCAAUAGCUCGAUAACCGCAGAGGACAUUCUGAAAUUUGUAGCAAAACAGGUUGCACCAUACAAAAGGUUGAGGCGAGUGACUUUUAUUGAGAGAAUUCCAAAGUCGCCCACCGGAAAGAUCUUAAGAAAGGAUCUUGUAAUUUUGGAUAGACAAAAGACAUCAAAGUUAUAG